CGGCCUCCUCCCCCCGCUGGAUGGACCGAACAUUCCUCAUAUUCCUGCGGCUCGACAGCAGCGGAACGCGGCGACGACACGAAACGAAGCGACGACACGACGGAUCCACACACCUCAUGACACUUUCGAAGAACACGUCGAUGUUGGGUCGCGGUGUGAAACGGAAGUGGAGCUGCUUGGAGGAGCUGGAGGCAGAGAUGGUCCCCGCUGCUGCAGAGAAGGAGAAGAAUGGGGAGGAAGACAAGGAGAACGAGGACGGGUUCCUCGUGGGUCCGUCCAAAUCCGACAUGACCCACCUGCAGCAGCGUCAGCUGGUGCUCGGCCUCUGCUUGGAGAAGCUCCAGCACUACCAGGCCGGGGUGGAGCUCAGCCUGCGUCGCUCCGUGUUGCUCAUCAACACGCUGAAGCAGAUCCAGGAGGACAUGCAGAGUGACGGGGUGGAAACCUGCCCACCGGAGGUACUCCUCAACGGCGUCCACACUGACUCCUGCCUUCUCAGGGACGACUUCAGGGAGGACAUGCCGGUUACAUGCCCCGGGUGUGCAGAGGACGAUGAGGACAACCUUUCUCCGCCAUUGUCCCCAGAGUUCCCCUCUCAGGAGGCAAACAGCUCACCCGAGCAGCAGAAAUCCCUUCCUGCUGCGACGGUGAACGCUUUUAGUGAUGCAGUAAACGCCAUGGGCUACCUCAGCGACCUCGCCCUGGACGACAUCUUCGAGGACAUUGACACAUCGAUGUACGAGACUUCAGAUCUGCCUUCCGCCUGGUCGGCGGGCUCCCUGUGGCCCGUAAGCGUCUCGCUUUGGGCGGACGAGGACGUUAAAAUGCGCUCGUCCAACCACGCCUCAGCUGGGAGUCUCCAGUCGUGUUUGACGGACCUGAACGAGCUGGACCACAUCAUGGAGAUUCUGGUAAAGUCUUGAUCGCCAAGACGAACUCUUGAACAUUUACUGCACUUGGUUAAUCGAGAAUUUGGAGCCUGAUCACGGCUGCAGGGACGGAGGACAGUGUGGUCGGGGGAACAAGGACUGACGUUGGGUUUUUAAGGCUCCAUCUGAUAUGUUUUAAGCUUCAGCUAGUUUCAGGUAGAAUAAACACUAAUUCUUGUGCACGUAACUCAGUUGUUAGGAGCCACCCAACAUCCUGAGUUAUGUACACGAGCUUGUGCCUCAAAUUAGACAUGAAAUAUUUAUUAAAGCGGAUUAAGAAUCCAGUUCAUGAGAUUAAGAAACCUAAAUGAAACCUCCACUCUUAAACACUUUUAUACUGUUUUUUUUUUGGUUGUUAUAACUGGCCGAGCACACUUUAAGUGGUGUGAAUGGAGUCCCAGUAGAAUUACAUUUUAUCUAUUAAAAUUGACUCCUGCCAUUCAACAAAAGAGACCAAUUUGUGCAGCGACAGCAGCAGGAAACAGAUCUGCAGUUUGAGUAGUGGGUGAAUAGUAAAAGUCAGACAAGGCAUGCAUAGACAGAGUCGGUAUGUGUUGUAACAGACAGGAUUAGAUAGCACAUAUUGAUGCUUUAUAGCAGUGUAAGAGUGUCUAAGGUGGGUAUUGCUUAAUUUGGUGAACCUGUAAAUGCAGAUGGAACCUUAAAUAUCCAGUGUCACAGUGUUUGUGCCACUUUUCUCUCCUGUUUUAGUAAAAGGAGUGAAUCCACUGCACCUGAGCUGCCGUUUGUUUGUGCAUCACUCAGGCUGUUGGAUCAGACCUGGGUUGAUUAUUAAUUGAACUCCCUUCAAUUACUUAAGAGGGCGUGCUUCAGUCAGCCAGGAGGGCAAAGGCCCGGGUUUCCUUUUUCAGUCUGUGAGACUGACUGGUUUUUAAUGGGUCCACGUGGGAUAUUUAAACUAGAAACUAAAAGCAGCCAAAAGUCAGAAGGUGGACAGUCUGUAUAUUUAUUUGGCUUGUGAAAAUAAGAACGUGGCCACUGAAUUUGGGGAUUUACCAGCCAAAGAAGUAAGCUUCCAGUCCCCGGAGAUUGAAUGCGACAUUCGCAACGCAUCGCAAGAAGCUGGAAGGAAUGGAUGAGAUCUUGUUUCCCCCGGUAGAGAAAGGGUAAAGUUGUUGUUGGAUCGCCUUUAAUCUAAUAUUAUUCUUAUUUAUGAAUGAAAAAUCAACCACAAACUGCAGCAGAUAUUAUUUGUUCUUUGUAUGUAAAGUAUUUUGUUUGGGUGUGAGUGUAACUUAUAAUUUAGAUCCAUUACGACCUUUAUGACUGUCGGUGUGUUGGCUGCCAUGUCUACUGCUUCUUCUGACACAAAUAUCAGAGCCUGUAUAAGAAAUCUACUACACCACGAGGUUGAUGCAAACCGUUUAUCCUUCUCGGCAGCUUGUAUUCACGGUAAAUGCAAACGCGCAGCAUAAAACAUGUAUUUUAAACAGAAAUGUAAAAUCCCAGUCUGGUUCUGACUGAGGAGCUGAUCGCCUCAAGUCAACAAUCAGGGAAACUUUGCCAUGUCUCAGAAUUGUAAAUGAUAACAGAAGCCUAUGUAUUUUUAUGGCCAUGAUGGUAUGAAUUUUUAUUGUAAUGUUGGGAGUUUUUUAAAAAAGUGGUUUUAUAUGUGUUUCUACCUGAAAAAACUCCAAUCACCUGUCCAGUAGAAGAGAUACAGUGAGUGAAGUACUGCGAUGAAGCAGUCGUUCAACCUUCGCUAUCUGUGGUUUACUCCUGUUCUACCUCCUGAUGUCUGUUUGUUGUUGGUUUACCUGGGACACUCCUGUUUUACACCGUGAGCCAUGGACUGUCUGUCACUGACACAAAUCAUUUUGUGUUGUUUAUUUCAUUGUUUUUAACUCGGCUGAAAAUCCACUCCAAUGGACUCCAGUGCUUUUCCUGUCAGACCAAAGUGAUCCGUCCACAUCUCCAUCUCUCGUCUCUCGUCGACAACGUGCCUUACUACUGAACCGAAUUUUUUUGUGGUUGUCUGAGCUCCAGCUUCAUUGAUAAAAACCUAAGAACUGUGGCGAGGUGUUACACAGAGCACUGAAAGCCAGAACCAUCAUCGUUUCUCGUUUCUCUCUUUCUCUGCCUUUUUCUGUGCUCUGUGAACAACUAGUGGCUGUAUGAGCUUAAUGUAUCCUGACAGGCUGACAGCGAACUAGCUGAGGGAGGAGGAGGCAGCCAGGGCCAGGAGGGAAAAAUAAGAGGAGGAGGAGGAGGACAUGGAGGAGGAGGAGGGGUGGGAGGAAGGCGCUUGCGUCACUUGUUCAGUAGGAGGAGUUUAGAGCUUGUUUUGCCCAGACUCAGACCACCGACCAAUCGCGUGAGAUGUACGAGGAGCAAGAUUGAUGUAUGAGGAGCACACUGCUGCUCCAACAACAACUUGUUUUUGCUCCUAAUGGCUCUGCACAGAAAUACAGUGUGAAUCUGUUGGAUUUCAGCCUGUGAUAUAAAUAUACUUUUCUGUUUUUCUUUUUUCAUUUACAUAAUCUAUCUGACAGGACUGAAUACGAGAAGCAGAAAGCUGCGAGUGUUAUUUAUAAUUGUAUGAAAGUGUCUGUAAAGCACAAGCUGUAUGUUGUUGAUGCUGAUUAUGAUAUAAAAUGUACCUGAAGGAUGAGUUUGCUAAGUAAUAAGAUGAUAAUUAAUAAUGUAUUGUAUUUUUUUGUGAAAUAUUUUAUAGAUUUUAUUCAAUAAUACAGUAAAAAUACCCUAAAUGCUG